CAGUUCACUUCCACACGAUGUUGUUGCUCUUAUCCGUCAAGACGCAGUCAAACCAAACCCACCAGCUUCCGAUUACACACAACACUAAUUCAUCACCACCCCUUUGGCUCUCUCAUUCUUGUUUAUUAUUGCAUCAACUUUUCUUAUUUUCCGUAUUGCGCUUCUGGUAGCUCCUGCAAUGCGCAGCAUUUCCACGCCAAGAAAAUAUAUAAGGACAUGGUAUCAACUCUGAACUGGUAUGUAUUAAAGUUCACUCAGGUGACAUUUGAAGCCAAAACAAUUAACAAUGGCAAUGUCUGCUCGUUCAAUCUGUGUUGGUAACAAUGCACGUGUGAGGCCCGGACUUGCAAUCGAUGACAGGUUUCACCGUCAAAAGGCGGUUCGUUUUUGUGUUGUUGUGAAGUUCUGGCCCACUAGCAGAAAUCCUAGAUACUUUCAUUUGAACAUUACAAAUUCUAGUAGAAAAUUUUGUGGUCUGGGUUCCAAAGGUACAAGGCUGCUAUGUAGUAGAUCAGAGGAUACUACUUCAUCAUUUGCCAUGAGUGCUAAUAACGCUGAGGUGAGAGGAGUUGCGAAGUAUCUGGUUGAAAAAGUGCCAAAUGCUCUUAAAGAAUGGAGACUUUUACACUUGAUUAAAGCAGUUGGUUUACUGGCAUGUGUAUUGAUGUUCAUUCCAUCAGCCAAUGCUGUUGAUGCUCUCAAGACUUGUGCCUGCUUACUCAAAGAAUGCAGGGUAGAACUUGCGAAGUGCAUUGCGAACCCGUCCUGUGCUGCCAAUAUUGCUUGUCUUCAGACUUGCAACAAUCGACCGGAUGAGACCGAAUGCCAGAUUAAAUGUGGUGACUUGCUCGAAAACAGUGUCGUAGAUGAGUUUAAUGAAUGCGCAGUGUCACGAAAGAAGUGUGUUCCUAGGAAAUCUGAUGUGGGUGAAUUUCCAGUCCCCAAUCCUGCAGUUCUUGUUAAUAGCUUUAACAUUGAAAAUUUUAGUGGGAAGUGGUUCAUCACAAGUGGCUUGAAUCCUACCUUUGAUGCUUUUGAUUGCCAAUUGCACGAGUUCCACACAGAAUCUGGAAAACUUGUUGGGAACAUAACGUGGAGAAUACCAACUCCUGAUGGUGGAUUUUUCACUCGAUCAACUAUGCAGAGAUUUGUGCAAGAUCCUAAGCAGCCUGGAAUAUUAUACAAUCAUGACAAUGAGUAUCUUCAUUAUCAAGAUGACUGGUAUAUUCUAUCAUCCAAGGCAGAAAACAAACCAGAUGACUACAUAUUCGUAUACUACCGUGGCCGGAAUGAUGCGUGGGAUGGCUAUGGUGGUGCUGUUGUAUAUACAAGAAGUUCUGUUUUGCCAGAAAGUAUUGUUCCCGAGCUUGAAAGGGCGGCUAAAAGCGUAGGCCGAGAUUUUAGCAAGUUCAUCAGAACGGAUAAUACUUGCGGGCCUGAGCCUCCCCUUGUAGAGAGACUAGAGAAGAAGAUAGAAGAAGGAGAGAGGACCAUUGUGAAAGAAGUUGAACAGAUUGAAGGGGAAGUGGAGAAGAAGAUAGAAGAAGGAGAGAAGACCAUUGUGGAGGAAGUUGAACAGAUUGAAGGGCAAGUGGAGAAGGUGGGACAGACUGAGAGGUCACUAUUUCAGAAGCUAUUAGAAGGGUUUAAUGUGCUUAAAGAGGAUGAGGAAUAUCUCUUGAAAGGCCUUAGCAAAGAAGAGAUGGAGAUAUUGGACAAGCUGAAAAUGGAAGCAAGCGAGGUCGAACGUCUUUUUGGACGAGCAUUGCCAAUCAGAAAGCUUAGAUAAGCAAAGAAAAGAUGAGCUUAUUUGAUACCAAAUUCUUACUCUAUACUUUUUUGAAAAUUGUAAGCGAUCAGUACAUCCUUAUUUCAAGUUUUUAAAACACUAU